AUGUCGCCGAAAGGGCCAUACAGGCUCGUCACAGUCAACACAGCUCCCGAACGGGCAAAGAGACUAGUUGGUCGUGUCAUUGAAGAUCUCAAGGAUCAAUAUACCAUUCAACACAUUGCCAACUGUGAAACCAUUGAUGCUGUCGAACCAACUGUCAAAGAGAUCAAACCAGAUGUUCUGUUCUGCGCUUCGAUGUGGACGCCCGAGGAGAGCACACGUAUCUUACAAAUAGCCAAGGACAAUGUACCGGGGAUCAGGACGCAUGCCAUCCCUCAAGGCUUGCAGGUGGAAAAGGGACCUGACGCGGUCGUCGAGUAUCUCAAGGAAAAGUUGCCCAGUAUUCUGGACUAA